AUGAAAGUAUCUGUAGAGCAAGUUUAUACUUCAGUGGCUUGUAACAGAGUCCCAGAGAUUGUUGAUUGGAAUAAGGAAGGACUUAUUGUGUACGGCGCUUCAAAUGCUGUUGUUAUUUACGACACGAAUAUUAAAGGCAAAGACCCUCUUACAGUACUUAGCCAUCAUCAGUCAAAAGUAAAUUCAGUGAAGUGGCUGUAUAAGUCUGAUGGCUCAUGUACAGAAUUCUUAUCAUGUUCUGCUGACAAAACUGCUGCAGUAUGGUCAUUAGUGGACGGCGUCUGGAGUGCCACAAGCAGUCUCGUCGGUCAUAGUGAUGGUGUAACAUGUGUUUACGGAGUAUAUGUUACUGAGAAUUUAAUUGUAUAUACAGCCUCUAUUGAUUCUACUGUGAGAGUUUGGGAGAGAAAAAAUGAUAUCACAACAUUGAAACAGAUAAUUUCCUUAAACUCUGGACUAUGUCUCACUCUUCACGCACACAUUCUGCCAACAUGUAAUCAACCUCUUUUGUUCUGUGCCCUUGAUGACCAUAAAGUGCACAUAUUUGCUGAUGAUGAUGGGUAUCAUAGGGUCCACACCCUUGUGGGACAUGAAGACUGGGUUCGAGGACUGGAUGUUGUAGAUGUAGAUGAAAGCACAAUAAUGUUGGCAUCAGCAUCACAAGACACAUACAUUCGAUUGUGGAAAAUUUCAAAACACAAAGAGACGCUGGCUAGCGGUAUAAGGGUGGAGGAAAAAACAUUCAUGGCAUACAAUCAGGAAUGGUCGGUGAAGCUUGACGCAGUCCUAGCGGGUCAUGAGGGGUGGGUUUAUGGUGUUCAAUGGGAAAAAAAUAUAAAUGAAGAGGGCGCCACCUACCGUUUGUUGACCUCGUCUCUGGAUAAGACGCUCAUCAUCUGGCAGCUGUCCGAUGUGUGGGUGGAGAGUGUCCGUGUGGGAGACGUGGGAGGGAACGGACUCGGCUUCUAUGGGAGUAGGUUUGGACGGGACGCUAUACUGGGACACGGAUAUAAUGGAUCAUUACAUAUAUGGAGACUGGACAAGGAGAUCAACCAGUGGCGGCCGGCUGUGGUGGUGGGUGGUCACUUCGCUGGUGUUGAAGACAUCCGGUGGGAGAGUCAGGGACGGUUCCUGGUCAGCGUGGCCCUGGACCAGACCACCAGGUUACACGCGCCUUGGAGGAGAGAUGAUGGUAGUGGUGAGGAGUGGCACGAGGUGUCCCGGCCACAGGUGCACGGGUACGACCUGUGCUCGGUGUCGCUGGUGUCCUGCCACUUGGUGUCCGCGGCCGAGGAGAAGGUGCUGCGAGUGUUCGCGCCGCCACAGAACUUUAUGGACAACUUCAAGAGGAUCACUGGAAAGGAGCUCGACUGUACUGAAGUGUGUGUCUCCGAGGGAGCGUCGGUGCCGUCCCUGGGUCUGUCCAACAAGGCUGUGUUCAGCGGAGACGCGGCUGAGGACGGGAGCGACAACGACGGAUACUUUGUACCCGUGGAGUUACACGAGCCGCCGACCGAGGAGACGUUAAUGCAGAACACUCUGUGGCCGGAGACUCACAAGCUGUACGGUCACGGCUACGAACUGUUCUGUGUGGACGCGAGCCCCGACCGGCAGCUGGUCGCCUCCGCCUGCCGGAGUACCAGCCAGGAACACGCAGCCGUCAUACUGUGGGAAACAAAGACCUGGCAGCAGAUCCAGAAGUUGGUGUCUCACACGCUGACGGUCACACAGCUGGCCUUCUCCCCGGACAGUCAAUACCUGCUGUCCGUGUCGCGCGAUAGAAAGUGGACCUUAUACAGGAGGGAGGAAGGUUCAAACUCGUUCACCAUCGCCGCACACACGGACAAGACCAACGGCAUUCACACCAGAAUCAUCUGGUGCUGUGCCUGGGCGGUAGAUGGACACGUGUUCGCUACUGCCUCCAGGGAAGGAAAGGUCUGCAUUUGGUCCAAAACGGAUGUAAUGAGUGACUCGUCGCUGAAAGACUACAGUUUGUUAGGUAAACCACUAGAGGUCCAAAACUCGUCAGUGACCGCUCUAUCGUUCGCUCCUCUCACUGACGUGCAGGUGGUGGCCGUAGGGACGGACUGCGGCAGGAUCAGGAUCUACAGCUUCGACCUCACAUGGAGCUUAUUACACGAAAUGAACAACAGCGCGGCGCACCAUCUCACAGUGAAGAGACUGUUCUUCAAGCCCAACACAUCAGAUGACAAAGAACUGGUGCUAGCGAGUUGUGGGAGUGACAACUUUGUGAGAAUAAACACCCUAUAUAUUGAAUAUUGA